GCGGGGGGGCUGGAGCUGCAGCCGGCUUUUAUGAAUGGGAUGCUCGGUUUCCAGGCUGACUGGAGUUGAGGAACAUCAGCAUUCUUUUUGAAGAUCAUACCAACCUUUUUGUGGACUUCCUGUAAGCGGAAAACUAAGACAAUCAGCCAGCAUGCCGAUUUUAAAGCAGCUAGUAGCCUCCUCUGCCCAGACGAAGCGUCGCUCUCGAAUGGACUUAACCAGGGAAAUGAUCAGUGCACCUUUAGGAGACUUCCGCCACACUAUGCAUGUAGGCCGCAGCGGUGACGCCUUUGGAGACACGUCCUUUCUGAGCACACAUUCAGGAGAACCUUCCCCUGAAACCAAAUCCUUUCCUCGCUCUCCUCGACCUGGCCUCUUGUCACGAACCUUUCGGAGCAGCAAGCGCUCCCAGUCGGUGACCAGAGUGGAUGAACAGGGAGAAAACAGCCCGACGGUUCCUGACGGGUCCCCGAUAUUUGUCAAAAAUGCCAUGUCUCUGCCUUUUCUCAACGAUGAGAACAGAGGGGACAGCAUGGUGUCGAAGAGUUUGUCGUCAAGCCCGUUUAAGCAGCAGGAGGAGCUGGACGGUGGAGGUGCAGCUACAGCCAUGAACUUCCAUGAGCUGCAGGAGCGACGCUUUGGUGAACUGGCCGAGCUGCCAGAGAGCGCCGUUCACUACGGAGGUGGAAUGAAGCACGCAGAGUCCAUCAUGUCCUUCAAUGUAGACCUGGGACCCUCAAUGCUGGGGGACAUCUUGGGUGUGAUGGAGAAGGAAGAUGAUGAUCUUGGCUUCGAGGAAGGCAAGAACAGUGAAGGGCGUGCCUCACCAACCCUCAGCAACCAUGAGGAAGAGGACGGUGCGGCGAGCGGGGAGGACGAGGAACACGUUCAGAUGGAGGCAAACGGCGAAGCAGGAGAACCGCUCCAGCAGGCCUGCGUGCAUCAAACCAGCUCUGUAGACCUGAAGGAUGAGGACGGGGGUCCGUACACUCCAGAGUACACCCCUGAGAUACGACCCAAACUCAUGCUGCACCUGGACAGCUGCUCCAUGUCCAGUUCCAGCUCCGCCGCUCUGGACGAGAAGCCAAACUGUCACAAUUACACAGGAGAUACAGACAGCGCCACGUUCAGCGCACCACCAGAAGAGGAGAGCAACUUCUCCUCUUUCAUGGAUGAUGAGGAUGAUGAGAUCCAUGUAUGAGAGUACAUUGUAGAUUUAAAAAAUGGCCACUCUGAAGUGAUUUGUGUGAGAUUUCACAGGAAGAUGAUUCUGUUGUAGACCACUCUGGGGGAGGGAUAGUGGAGAUGACACUUUUUUUAUUUAAUGGAGAAGUGAAUCCUCCUAGGAGAUGCUCAGCUGGCUCUUUUGAACACUGACACGGGUUGGAGACACUUUUUGAAUAUAACAUUCCAGAACUGA